AGUCCAUCUUCCCCAUCUCCCCUUUUCUCUCUUCGCACUUUCCCUCGCAUCACCUUUCCUUCCUCGUUAAACCUUUCAAGCAACCAGAUCCAAACCCCCCCUUCCCCGUUUCAAAAAUCGUCAACCCAUCCGACUCGACUCAGUCUCCCCGAGUCGGACCGCUCAACUCGGACCUAGUCAACAUCUAGAGAGCGCGCAGCCGAUUUGCAUUGAUAUCUGCAAGCUCCAAUUCCAUUUGAGCCGGGCUCGCAUGCCAUGGCUAGGGUUUACGACAAUUGGAAGCGGCUGGUGCGGGCCACGCUAAAGCGGGAGCAGCUCAGGAGCUCCGGCCAGGGCCAUGAGAGGGUUCCUAGUGGAAUCGCCGGCGCCGUCCCGCCGUCGCUCGGGAAGACCACCAAUAUCGAUGCGAUCUUACAAGCUGCCGACGCUAUUCAAGCUGAGGACCCCAACGUCUCCAGAAUUUUGUGUGAGCAGGCAUAUAGUAUGGCGCAAAAUCUGGAUCCGAAAAGUGAUGGCAGAGGCGUUCUUCAGUUUAAGACUGGAUUGAUGUCUGUAAUCAAGCAAAAACUUGCAAAAAAAGAUGGGGGUCAAAUAGAUCGGAAUCGUGAUAUUGAGCACCUCUGGGAUUUUUACCAGCGAUACAAGCGACGACAUAGAGUCGAUGAUAUCCAGAAACAGGAACAAAGAUGGCGUGAAUCUGGAACUUUUAGUGCUGACUUUGGCGAUUAUUUAGAAAUGAAAAAGACAAUUGCUACCUUGAGAGCUUUAGUUGAGGUGAUGGAGGCACUUAGCAAAGAUGCCGAUCCUAAUGGAGUUGGAAGACUUAUUACAGAGGAGUUGCGAAAAGUUAAAAACACCGGUGCAACAUUAUCUGGGGAGCUUACAGCCUACAACAUUGUCCCUCUAGAAGCACCAUCAUUGACCAAUGCAAUUGGAGUUUUCCCAGAAGUUAGAGGUGCAAUAUCUGCACUUAGGUAUACUGAGGAAUUCCCCAGACUUCCUGCUGAUUUUGAGAUAUCUGGACAACGAGCUGCGGACAUGUUUGAUCUUCUGGAAUGUGUGUUUGGUUUUCAGAAAGACAAUGUAAGGAACCAGAGAGAGAAUGUUGUUCUAACAAUUGCAAAUGCACAAUCUCGGCUUGGUAUACCCGGUUUGGCUGAUCCAAAAAUAGACGAGAAAGCAAUAAAUGAGGUAUUUCUGAAAGUUCUGGAUAAUUAUAUAAAAUGGUGCAGAUACCUGCGGAUACGCCUUGCAUGGAAUAGUUUACAAGCAAUUGAUCGGGACAGGAAACUUUUUCUGGUUUCCUUGUACUUUCUGAUAUGGGGUGAAGCUGCAAAUGUCCGCUUUCUUCCUGAAUGUAUUUGCUACAUAUUUCACCAUAUGGCUAAAGAGUUAGAUGCCAUAUUAGAUCAUGGAGAAGCUAAUCCCGCUGCCAGCUGCAGAACAGAGUCUGGAUCUGUGUCCUUCCUUGAUCAAAUCAUUUUGCCAAUAUAUGAAACAUUGGCUGCGGAAGCUGCCAGAAACAAUAAUGGGAAAGCUGCACAUUCAGCAUGGAGGAAUUAUGAUGACUUUAAUGAAUACUUUUGGUCACCUGCUUGUUUUGGAUUGAGCUGGCCUAUGAGGAGGGAUUCACCAUUUUUGUUGAAACCUAAAAAGGGAAAAAGGACUGGAAAAAGCACUUUCGUUGAGCAUCGGACCUUUUUUCACCUGUAUCGAAGUUUCCAUCGCCUGUGGAUCUUUUUAGCUUUGAUGUUCCAGGCUUUGGCAAUUAUAGCCUUUAAUAAAGGACGCAUCAAUUUGGAUACUAUUAAGACAGUCCUUAGCAUUGGGCCAACUUUUGCCAUCAUGAACUUCAUAGAGAGUUUUUUGGAUGUGGUGCUCAUGUUUGGAGCUUACACCACAGCCAGAGGCAUGGCUAUCUCUAGACUUGUGAUUAGAUUUUUCUGGUUUGGCUUGAGCUCUGUUGCUGUGACAUAUAUCUACCUGAAAGUUCUGCAGGAAAGAAAUGACAGAAACUCCGAUUCAUUUUACUUUCGGAUAUAUAUUCUUGUAUUGGGUGUUUAUGCAGCUUUGCGCAUGGGCCUUGCGCUAUUGCUUAAGUUUCCGGGAUGUCAUAAAAUUUCUGAGAUGUCUGAUCAAUCCUUCUUCCAAUUUUUUAAGUGGAUUUAUCAGGAGCGUUACUUUGUUGGACGUGGUCUUUAUGAGAAGAUGAGCGAUUAUUGCAGAUAUGUGCUCUUUUGGUUGGUGAUUUUCAUCUGCAAGUUCACCUUUACCUACUUUCUACAGAUUAAACCUCUUGUUGAACCCACAAAAAUUAUUGUCAAUCUUCCAUCUCUGCAAUACGCAUGGCAUGAUUUGAUGUCAAAGAACAACCAUAACGCAUUGACUGUAGCUUGCCUAUGGGCUCCUGUUGUGGGUAUCUAUCUAAUGGAUUUUUACAUAUGGUACACCCUCCUGUCAGCCAUAAUUGGUGGUGUGAUCGGUGCAAGAGCUCGGUUGGGCGAGAUACGUUCGAUUGAAAUGGUGCAUAAACGCUUUGAGAGUUUUCCCGAAGCUUUUGACAAGAAUCUUGUCUCACAAAAUAAAAGGUUGCCGUUUAACACUCAGUCAUCCCAGGAUUCUCAAGAUCCAAACAAGAUGUAUGCAGCCACCUUUUCCCCAUUUUGGAAUGAGAUAAUCAAAAGCUUGCGAGAGGAGGAUUUUAUUAGUAAUAGGGAGAUGGAUUUGCUAUGUAUACCUAGCAACACAGGAAGUCUAAAAUUAGUUCAAUGGCCCUUGUUUCUUCUGAGUAGUAAGAUUUUGCUGGCAAUUGAUUUGGCUUUGGACUGCAAAGAUACACAGGCAGAUCUUUGGAAUAGAAUCUGCAGGGAUGAGUACAUGGCAUAUGCAGUUCAGGAAGUCUACUACAGUAUUGAAAAGAUAUUAUAUUCUCUGGUUGAUGGUGAAGGGAAACUUUGGGUUGAAAGGAUCUACCGGGAGAUCAACAACAGUAUUAUGGAGGGUUCUCUUGUCAUAACUUUAACCCUUAAGAAGCUUCCGCAAGUGUUACAGAAACUUACAGCUUUAACUGGGCUGCUGAUACGCAAUGAAACUGAUGUACUUGCAAAAGGUGCUGCUAAAUCUGUAUUUGAUCUGUAUGAGGUUGUUACUCAUGAUCUUUUGUCAUCUGAUUUGAGGGAGCAGCUUGACACUUGGAGCCUUUUAGCAAAAGCAAGAAAUGAAGGGCGCCUGUUUUCCAGGAUAAAGUGGCCCAAUGAUCCAGAAACUAAAGAGCUGGUUAAGCGGUUACACCUUCUUGUCACCGUAAAGGAUUCUGCAGCAAAUAUUCCAAAAAAUCUUGAAGCAAGGAGAAGAUUAGAGUUUUUUACAAAUUCAUUGUUUAUGGACAUGCCUUCAGCAAAGCCAGUUAGUGAAAUGGUUCCUUUCUGUGUCUUCACCCCGUACUACAGUGAGACGGUACUUUAUAGUUCCUCCGAACUGCGAGUUGAAAAUGAGGAUGGAAUAUCAAUUCUUUUUUAUCUUCAGAAAAUUUUUCCAGAUGAAUGGGACAACUUUUUGGAACGGAUUGGUCGGGGUGAGUCUACUGGGGAUGCUGAGCUGCAAGAAAAUUCAAGUGAUUCUUUGGAGCUUCGGUUUUGGGUAUCUUAUCGCGGGCAGACGUUAGCCAGGACAGUGCGUGGUAUGAUGUAUUAUAGAAGGGCUUUAAUGCUACAGAGUUUUCUGGAAAGAAGAUCACCUGGAGUGGAUGAUUAUCCUCAAAAUGAUGUCUUCACAAGUCAAGGCUACGAGUUGUCACGUGAAUCACGAGCACAAGCAGAUUUGAAAUUUACUUACGUGGUGUCAUGCCAAAUUUAUGGGCAACAAAAGCAGAGGAAGGCACCAGAGGCUGCUGAUAUAUCCCUUUUGUUGCAGAGGAAUGAGGCCCUUCGGGUUGCAUAUAUACAUGUGGAGGAGAGUGGUGCAAUUGAAGGAAAGACCACAAAGGAAUUUUAUUCAAAGCUUGUAAAAGCCGAUAUAAAUGGAAAGGAUCAGGAAAUAUACUCCAUUAAACUACCUGGUGAUCCAAAGCUGGGUGAAGGGAAGCCUGAAAAUCAAAACCAUGCCAUAAUCUUCACUCGUGGGGAAGCUGUUCAGACUAUUGACAUGAACCAGGACAACUACCUUGAAGAGGCAAUGAAAAUGAGAAAUCUUCUUGAGGAAUUUCGCAGAAAUCAUGGUCUUCGACAUCCAACUAUUCUUGGUGUGAGAGAGCAUGUAUUUACUGGAAGUGUUUCAUCUUUAGCAUGGUUCAUGUCCAAUCAAGAGACUAGCUUUGUGACUUUAGCCCAACGAAUUUUAGCAUAUCCUCUCAAAGUUCGCAUGCACUAUGGACACCCAGAUGUGUUUGACCGAAUUUUCCACACUACCCGAGGUGGGAUUAGUAAAUCGUCACGUGUUAUCAAUAUAAGUGAAGAUAUUUUUGGAGGGUUCAACUCCACACUGAGGCAGGGUAACAUUACACAUCACGAAUACAUUCAGGUUGGAAAAGGAAGGGACGUUGGGUUAAACCAGAUUGCAUUGUUUGAAGGGAAAGUAGCAGGUGGAAAUGGGGAGCAAGUCCUCAGUAGAGAUGUGUACAGGAUUGGGCAACUUUUUGAUUUUUUCAGAAUGUUCUCUUUCUUUUACACCACCGUUGGUUUCUACGUGUGUACAAUGAUGACUGUCCUUGUAGUAUACAUAUUCUUAUACGGAAGGGCCUAUCUGGCGUUCUCCGGACUUGAUCGUGCCAUUGCGAGGCAAGCAAAAUUGUCGGGUAACGUAGCAUUGGAUGCUGUUCUCAAUACACAAUUUUUGGUCCAGAUUGGAAUUUUUACCGCAGUUCCAAUGAUUAUGGGUUUUAUACUUGAGUUGGGAUUGCUGAAGGCGGUUUUCAGUUUUAUCACAAUGCAGCUUCAGUUAUGUUCUGUGUUCUUCACGUUCUCAUUGGGAACUAAAACUCACUAUUUUGGGCGCACCAUUCUCCAUGGAGGCGCAAAAUACCGAGCAACUGGUAGAGGCUUUGUUGUCAAGCACAUAAAGUUUGCUGAGAAUUACAGGCUCUACUCAAGGAGUCAUUUUGUCAAAGCGUUUGAAGUGGCUCUACUUCUCAUAGUUUACGUUGCAUAUGGUUACGUAGAUGGUGGUGCUGUUUCUUACAUUUUGCUAACUCUCAGCAGUUGGUUCCUUGUCAUCUCCUGGUUGUUUGCUCCCUAUAUCUUUAAUCCGUCUGGUUUUGAGUGGCAAAAGACAGUGGAGGAUUUUGAUGAUUGGACCGGUUGGCUUCUUUACAGAGGUGGGGUAGGAGUUAAGGGAGAGCAUAGUUGGGAAUCCUGGUGGGAUGAGGAACAGAUGCAUAUUCAAACGCUGAGAGGUCGUAUAUUGGAAACAAUUUUGAGCUUGAGAUUCUUCAUGUUUCAAUAUGGCGUUGUCUACAAACUCCAGAUCACUGCAAAGGACACAUCACUUGCGAUUUACGGAUUCUCUUGGGUUGUGUUGGUGACCAUUGUCCUGAUUUUCAAGGUUUUCAGUUACAGUCCCAAAAAGUCGGCCAACUUCCAGCUAGUGAUGAGAUUUGCACAGGGUGUGGCGUCCUUAGGACUUGUUGCGGUUAUUGCUCUUCUUGUAAUAUUUACUGAACUCUCAAUAACUGACCUGUUCGCAAGCCUGCUCGCAAUCAUUCCUACCGGAUGGGCAAUAUUAUGCCUAGCGGUCACUUGGAAGAGGAUCGUGAGGAGUCUAGGUUUAUGGGACUCGGUGAGGGAGUUUGCCAGGAUGUAUGAUGCUGGUAUGGGGAUGUUCAUUUUCGCUCCUAUAGCGUUCUUGUCCUGGUUCCCCUUCAUCUCCACCUUCCAGUCUCGACUUCUCUUUAACCAAGCAUUUAGCCGUGGGUUGGAAAUAUCACUCAUCCUCGCCGGAAACAAAGCCAACGUUGACGUCUAAUCUGACUCUCUCCUGAAAAGUUUUGGCUGCCGCAAGUGUUUGACAUCGCUUGUAUGAUAUUGUACUUUUUGUGUGCGUGGGGCAAGGGUAGAACGGUUGUUUCUGUAGAUAGAUGGUUGUAAAAAAUUGUAGCUGUGAUUGAGAAUUGUUAUACUGAAUUCGUUGACGGGUGAGGGCGACGGUUUAGGUUUAUAUCUCUGCUUAUUGAAUUGCUGCCCCAUUUUGGUAAAAUGACAAGAUAGCCCUUGCGA